CCGACAUCUGUAUGGUCAACAGCGCAAAGCUUGUCUCGAUGUUCAACCACCAGAGGCCCCGUAUUUGGAUGCACUCUGCACGCUUAUACGCGGCAGGCCUGGUCAUAAUGUCGAGAUGCCCCGCAACGAUACAGCCAGCAGGUGGGGUCUCAUUUUCAUCGUUGUCAUCAUCCAACGGACUAAACGGACACGAGCCGGAUAAUAAAAUCCCAGUAUCCUUCAGAAGCUACACAUCACGCAAUGUCUACAGACUCUGAUUCGGCACGUCGGACAGCGGAGGCCCGCGCCGCGGUCACGGCAUCACUGGCUGCUGUCGGAGGCUCAGUCGAUACCGAUAUGCGAACCCGAGCCGCGGACCUUCACUCCAACUCUGAAGCCAUAGCAAAGCAAGAAAAAGAGUUGGCAAAGCAGACAGCAGCCCUCGCGAAAGAAAGUGCGAAAUGGCAGAAAAUGGCAGACACGAGCACGAAGAAGCUUAACGAAAUUGGCGACAUCCAAAAUUGGGCCGAACUGAUCGAGCGGGACCUGUUGGUUUUGGAAGAGACGUUGCGGGUGGUCAAAGGAAAGGAUGCCCCCAGCAAUGCUAGCGGUACCGGUGAUUAGUCUCUUCUUGUACCGGCAGUUCAUCAACAUUUGUAUGAUGCCUCUGAGUUUAGCACAUUGCGGGACUGAGAUAUAAGCGACGACCAUACCAUUGAAAAACGGUGGCCAAACAAUCGGGAUACACAUGGGUUGCUCCACAGAAUACGUAUGUCGAAUGACAUUACCCAAAGCCACAGGAUUUGUUUAUGACAUUCUUGCAUCAGUUAGUAUUAGCACAUGCACAGCGAUAGGCGGUGUUUGGAUGGAUAGAAGAGACAGAGGUUCUUAACAAUGCGAGUGUCCU